GGUUUUGCACGAGAGGCCCUCGAGACAUUACGAGACGUCGUAAGUUUGUUGCCGGCUCUGAGCUGUGUUUACUGUUCUGUUGCUGUGCGUAAAUAUUAGAACCGAAAAAUGUCCCUUAUCUUCGCUUCCAUUGCUCGUCUGGGUACUACUCGUGCAGCAACAUACAACUUCUGCAAUGACAGCUUGCGCAGACGCAUGAUUCACAUAGCUCCAAAACUUCUGGCUGCUGAAGUUCUUAAGCCUGCUCCGGCGUUCAAGGGCAAGGCUGUCGUGAACGGUGAAUUUAAAGAACUCUCUUUAUCUGAUUACAACGGCAAAUACCUGGUACUUUUCUUUUAUCCCCUGGACUUCACCUUUGUGUGCCCGACAGAGAUCAUCGCGUUCAGUGACAGGGCUGAUGAGUUCCGGAAGAUCAACACAGAAGUUGUUGGGGUAUCCGUAGAUUCCCAUUUCUCUCAUCUUGCAUGGAUUAACACUCCCCGAAAGGAAGGUGGUUUAGGGAAAACGAACAUCCCACUGCUUUCUGACUUCAACAAAAACAUAUCCAGGGAUUACGGUGUCUUGCUCGAAGACGCAGGAAUCGCAUUGCGUGGAUUGUUUAUCAUUGACCCCAAAGGCGUCGUUCGUCAAAUCACUGUCAACGACCUUCCUGUUGGCAGAUCAGUUGACGAGACACUCAGGCUCGUAAAGGCAUUCCAAUUCGUCGAGAAGCAUGGUGAGGUGUGCCCUGCUGGAUGGCAGCCCAACGCGCCAACUAUCAAGCCGGACCCGAAGAACUCACAGGAGUACUUCAACAAGGUCAACUAAACGACGACGUACUUGAACAACUAUGAGCAAGGGGUACCGCGAGUUUGGAUCCUGUGUCCUGGAUAGGAGUUACAACGCCUAUGUUGGUUGGACAAAUAUCAUGUUUUGGUAACAAGGCUGGCUUGUUUUCGUCAUUUUAUAGCAAUAAAAACUGGUCUUCAGAAAAAACUGUUGAGUUAGUAGGUGCAUUGUGAUAUGCCUAAAUGUGUUGCAGUUUUUGAAGGAUGGGAGUUAACCCAAUUUGUAAUCUGCUCCUACCUUUUGCACUUGCUUUCAAAAAACAUGCCUAAUCUACACCAAUCUGAUGACUGUGUCACUCAUGUGUCAGCAUCUUGAGCUUAUGAGGAAUGUAUCACUUGGUGUAUGGGGAGGGGGUUGAAACCAGCCCCCAAAUGUUGUUUACGUGUUCUUGCCCAUCGCUCAUGCCUAUCAUGGAAUUUAUCCCUACAAGGUCUGUUUACCAACUCAUGAUGUGCUGCAGUCAGACUCUAACAUUGUCUCCAGAUUUGAAAGUUUCUGUAAAAAUAUAGGGUGCACACCUAGAAAGAAUGCCACAAAGAACUCUCCACUUGUUACAGAGGAACAGGACAAGCACCAACCUGCAACCCUAUGUGUAACAUCAUUAAAGGUAAAAUAAAUUUUUGUUGAUAGUUCAAUACAAGGUCACUAGCGAAUAAACGGUGAAAAAUGAUAUACAAUGAUUAAAAUAUAUUCUGGGGCAGAUGUCACCGUUACACAGUUGUGCCAUCUAAACGGUGUGCAGGAGCAUCAUACUGCAUUGCGCAGGAAUACAUAGGGCCGGUGACAAUGCUUUCUUCAGGCACUGCCUCCUUGCCGCCUCGCCUAACAAUGAUAUCUGAACGUAGGCAGAAACUCGCUAUACGAUAUUUGUAAGGAAUUGUUCUCGGCGUCGUGGAUUGCGCAGAAUUUCUUGUGCUCGCGGAGGACAAGUCCUAGAGACCUAUUUUACUUGGACUUACCAAAUAUUAUUGUCGAUGUUGUGUUUGCAAUGCUCCCAUAACGCCAGUGGUAACGAUUGUGUUUCGUAACUCGUAUGAGUUGUAGUUUGGUCAGCUGCAUGUUUUAGCUUUUUUAUGUUUGAUCUAUGACUGUACUUUUUUUUUUUUUUUUUCUGGCUUCUGUGUGAAGGGUAACUGACUGCACUGUGUACCACCAAAAAGGACUUUGGCUGUGAGUGAACACUUGAGAAAUAAAUUAAAACUUGCAAAGUA